UAUUCCUCACACCAGCUGACUUGACAUCGACUGGACUGGGUUCUUCGAGGGAAAAGUGUUGCUGUGAUAUCGAAAAUAUAGCUAGAAGCUCAGCAGGACCUCUGUCAGUCCACAAACCGAGUUAUCAUCUCGGAACCACAGGACCCUCGCUGUCAUCGCACGGUCACGACCCGCAGAGAUGGCGGAGCUGAGACACCGAGGAGGCAAAGACACGGAGCCGUCGCUACAGCAGCAGGCGUCAGAGGACAAGGGCUCUGACAGCGAACUGAAGGUGGAAAAAGAUGGCAUGUCCGACAGUGAAUCCAAAGUGGACUCAGGGGUCCCCGAGGUACCAGUCCCUGCUGAUGACACACCCGAGGUUCUAAAUAAGGCGCUGUCUGGACUCUCCUCAAGAUGGAAGAACUGGUGGGUACGAGGCAUCCUGACACUCGCCAUGAUCUCCUUCUUCUUCUUUAUCAUCUACCUGGGCCCCAUGGUGCUUAUGAUGAUUGUCCUCUGUGUUCAGAUUAAGUGCUUCCAAGAAAUCAUCACCAUCGGCUACAGUGUGUACCACUCCUACCACCUGCCCUGGUUCAGGACGCUGAGCUGGUAUUUCCUGCUCUGUGUGAACUACUUCUUCUACGGUGAGACGGUCACAGACUACUUCUUCACGCUGGUGCAGAGGGAGGAGCCACUACGCAUCCUCAGCAAAUACCACCGCUUUAUCUCCUUUGCCCUCUACCUCACAGGCUUCUGCAUGUUCGUGCUGAGUUUGGUGAAGAAGCAUUACCGUCUUCAGUUCUAUAUGUUUGGUUGGACUCAUGUGACUCUGCUGAUCGUUGUGACUCAGUCUCACCUCAUCAUCCACAACCUCUUUGAAGGGAUGAUCUGGUUCAUCGUGCCAAUCUCCUGUGUGAUCUGUAAUGACAUUAUGGCCUACAUGUUUGGAUUCUUCUUCGGCCGCACCCCUCUCAUCAAGUUGUCACCUAAGAAGACAUGGGAGGGAUUCAUUGGUGGGCUCUUCGCCACUAUUGUGUUUGGAAUCAUGCUCUCGUAUGUGAUGGCCGGCUGGCGCUACUUUGUGUGCCCGGUGGAAUUCAACAACGACUCCAACAGCUUCCAGGUGGACUGUGAGCCGUCUGAGCUUUUCCAGCUGCAGGACUACGCUCUGCCCAGUGUCCUGGAGUCUUUCACUGGAUGGACCACAGUGCGUCUCUAUCCAUUCCAGAUCCACAGCAUUGCUCUCUCUUCCUUUGCCUCCAUCGUGGGACCUUUCGGUGGCUUCUUUGCCAGCGGCUUCAAGAGAGCCUUUAAGAUCAAGGAUUUCGCCAACACGAUCCCGGGUCAUGGUGGAAUAAUGGACAGAUUCGACUGCCAGUACCUCAUGGCCACGUUUGUGAAUGUCUACAUUGCUAGCUUCAUCAGGGGCCCAAACCCCAGCAAGGUGAUCCAGCAGCUCCUGGCCCUCCGAGUGGAUCAGCAGCUCCACAUCUUUAACUCCCUGAAGACUCACCUGACAGAGAAGGGCCUCCUGCCAGCUCUGGAGGAGGCCGCCGCGUAGAGCCACCCACACCGGCUCGCACUGAGAGGGAGGCCUGAGAGAAGGGCAGAGGGCAGCACCCCGGGGGGGCCCAGUGCUGCCUCUGAGCUUUUGGAGACUCACGAUGCUUCGAGUGAGCUAGAACACAUCCGAGAAAAACAAAAAGAGCAACAAAAAACUUCAGUUUUGGGUCAUUCCAGUUCAUUUGGGUAUGAGAGUGGAGUGUUUUUGUCCUUACUGUCUGUGAAUCAUGUUUCUGACACCAGUGUUUUCAGGUUGAGUUAGUGAAUUACUGUACUGUCACGCAUUAUAGCCAACUUCUAUCUAUUCACAAUGUUGAACAGUUGGUCAGCUGUACAUUUCUACUUGUAUACAGGAGAAGCUCUAUAUACUGAUAAAUGUGUGUGGAUAUUUUAUUGUACUUUUGUUUGUAUACACUGCUCAGCCCUGUUCUCACUGUAUCGUUACCCGAGGUGCUCCCCCUCGCCAAGUCUGGGUUUUAAUUUCCUUUGUUGUGAUUGUUUCUAUUUAUACAUAGAUGGUUUUUAUAUUUGGUAUGUUCUAUUAUAUAUUAAUUUUGUGUCUGUUUUAUCAGACUGAAUUCACAUUGACCAUCACUCACAUGCAUUUAAGUGUCUUUUUGUUGUGUUUUUUUUUUCACUGUCAUUCAUCAUUUCAAAGCCUCUGUUCUGCCAAGUCUCAAACAUCAUAUAAUUUACUAAGCAGUAGCGUCCUGAGAUGACCAGCUGAGUUACUCUGUGUUUGAGGGAUCACUGAAUCUCAUAAAUCAAGUCUCUAGUCUGAGGGUUUGUUGUUUUUUGUUGGUUGUAAGGAGAGGUAACAAAUGCUUUUAUUAAUCAAAAUACCUCCAGGGGUCACUGCCAUAUACAUGGCAACUAUUUCAGGCUAAUAGUCACAAUCUCUUCUUACUUGUUCACUGAUUAAUGAAAAAUCAGAAAUGUGGAUCAAAAUCUUGUUUUGUAUUUUGGUUGAGCUGAUCUGUUCUGUAUUAAUACAUUCAUCUAUAACACUGAGCUGUUAUAGUUUUAAACACACGUCCAGUAAAGUGGACGGAGUUAUUGCUUCUGUUUAUGCCAUUACAGGGACCGUGGCAGCACUAGACAUGAACACUGGUUUCCACACUGCCAUUUUCUGCCUCUGUGUGGUGUACUGCUCAGAGCACAAACACAACACAUGACUGACUGGUCAGAUUGAACUAUAUUACAACAGGUGUGCUAUGUGUUAUUUCUUACAUUGGACCAAGAGUUGGAGUUUGUUGAUGUUGGUCAGUGUUUAAGAAGGUAAAUUGGCAAAUGUCUAUUUCAUUGAACAGUAAAAUACUAAAGCUGAAGAUUCUGUAGUGUGUAGUUUUGUUUGAUGGGACAGCUGAAGAGAGGAAGUGUGAGGAGAGAUGGUAACAGGAGCGGGAGUCAAAUGCAAGUGUCCCAAUUUUUUUGUCAGAUGGGCACACUACUGAUUUUUACACGAGAUCCACAAGAGGUACUACUUGGCGUUACACGUUCUUGUCUUCUGUGGAGGUUUUGUAUAAGAAAAUAAUUAUUAAACCUAUUGAUGUCA